GAGCGCAGAGACGGAGGAGGAUCCUUAGCAGAGCUUCAGCAGCGCGCAGUGAUUCAUGCGCUUUAAACCAUAAGCAAAAGCGUGAGACCGCUGAGACUGCUGAGACCUCUGCCUUCUGGAACUUUUCUCUACUGACCCAGACCAGCGAGAGGAGGACAGACAGCUCCGGACAUGCUGGGGAGGAAAAAGAAGCAGAGCGAGGAGAAAGUGCACGAGUCCAAGAUCCUGGACCCUCUCCGGAGACUCGGCGUGCUGGAUGAUGAAGACGUGCGUGUGAUGAUGCAGGGAUCCAACAUAGUGAAGGUCCGCUCUCAGCGCUGGCAGAAACACCGGGGCUUCAAACUUUUGGAGGACUGUGUGACUGUGUGGUGUGAGUCCAGCAAGACCUCCCACAAAGCCAAGAGACGCCAGAGCUUUUGUGUGACGGAGGUGGAGUGUGUGCGGGAAGGCUGUCAGUCAGAGUGUUUGCGGCAGCUGGCCGGCUCUGUCCCAGAAAACCAGUGUUUCACUGUGGUGUUCCGCGGAGGGAGGAAGAGUCUGGACCUGCGCUGUUCAUCACAUGAGGAGGCGCAGUGCUGGGUCCGCGGCAUUCGCACACUCAAAGACCGUGUGGCCAACAUGAGCCAGAAAGACAAACUUGACCAUUGGAUCAGAAGCUAUCUGAGACGAGCUGAUCUGAACCAGGACGGGAAAAUGAGUUACGACGAGAUCCAGCACCUGCUCCAGAUGAUCAACAUCGACCUGAAUGAACAGUAUGCACGCUCCCUCUUUAAGAAGUGUGACCGGUCAUGUGACGGACGCCUGGACCAUGUGGAGAUAGAGGAGUUUUGUCGGGAGCUGCUGCGAAGGCCAGAGCUGGAUGCUGUGUUCCGGCACUACUCCAGUAACGGCUGUGUGCUCUCCACCAUGGAGCUGAGGGACUUCCUGGGCGACCAGGGCGAAGACGCCUCACUGGGCCACGCCCAGAAACUCAUUCUCACCUAUGAGCUAAAUGACUGGGCCCAGAAGAACCUGUUCAUGACUCAGAACGGCUUCACUAUGUACAUGCUGUCUCGAGAGAACGACAUAUUCAACCCGGAUCACACCCGAGUGCAUCAGGACAUGACCCGUCCACUCGCCCAUUACUACAUCUCCUCGUCUCACAACACCUACCUCACUAAAGACCAGGUCACCAGCGACAGCAGCACUGAGCCUUACAUCAGGGCUCUGAAUCAGGGCUGCCGGUGUGUGGAGCUGGACUGCUGGGAUGGUGAUAAGGGAGAACCUAUGAUCUACCAUGGACACACACUCACCUCGAAAGUCCUCUUCAAGGAGGUGAUCGAGACCAUCGCUCAGUAUGCCUUCAAAGUGUCUCCGUAUCCUCUGAUCCUGUCUCUGGAGAAUCACUGUAGUGUAGAGCAGCAGGCGGUCAUGGCGCAGCACCUUCGCUCCAUCCUGGGCCCCAAACUCCUCACCAAACCUCUCAGUGACCAGCCACUCACACAGCUGCCUUCACCUGAGGAGCUGAAAGGGAGGAUACUGGUGAAGGGGAAGAAGCUGAGCGCUGGUCAAAUAGGAAAGACUAACAGCUUUGGUCCACUGGGAACAACAAGCAGCUCUGCCAGCUUCUCCUCCAGCUCAGAUGACGAGACAGGUGGUGGGACCAAGAGCCCCAACAAAAAGGAUCCUGGGAAACCAUUAAGCUCAUCUAAGAUAAGCCCGGAGCUGUCAGAUCUGGUGGUGUACUGCAGCAGUGUGUCGUUCAGUGGGUUUGAUGCAGCCAAUCAGAAGCCCCCCAGUGAGAUGUCCUCCUUCUCUGAGAAUGAAGCUCUUAAACACAUCAAAGACUCAGGAAAGCUCUUUGUGAGAUACAACAGUAGACAGCUGAGCCGGAUUUACCCAUCAGGCCAGAGGCUACAGUCAUCCAACUACGACCCACAGGACAUGUGGAACGGAGGCUGUCAGAUGGUUGCGCUGAACUUUCAGACACCAGGCGAGCAGAUGGAUCUAAACCGUGGCCGCUUCUUGCCCAACGGUGGCUGUGGGUACGUGCUGAAACCAGACUUUCUGUGCCAGCCGGAACUGAACUUCAACCCAGAGAACACAGGCGGAGGACCCGGACACAUACCCACUCAACUCACCAUACGGGUGAUCACUGCUCAGCAGUUACCCAAGAUAAACACAGACAAGCCCAACUCCAUUGUGGACCCUCUUGUAUGGGUGGAGAUUCAUGGAGUGGCGAUCGAUAAAGCUCGUUCCAAAACCCAGCGCAUCAACAACAACGGUUUUAACCCACGCUGGGACUGCACACUAAGCUUCCAGCUGCAGGUUCCUGAGCUGGCGCUGGUGCGCUUUGUGGUGGAGGAUCACGACCACAAGAGCAAGAACGACUUUGUCGGACAGUUCACCAUACCUUUCACCAGCCUGCGCAUAGGUUACCGGCAUGUGCACUUGCUGAAAGCGGACGGCUCCAGCCUCUCUCCGGCCACGCUCUUCAUCCACGUGAAGGUGACAAGAAGAGGAGUACCCAUCAAAACAGUCUCAGGACGUAUGGGCAAAGUCUGACCUCCCCUCUACGCCCUGGAGCCACAGCGAAACUAUUUUUGAGGAUACUGUGCCUAAAGUGGAGCUUCCAAACAGGUCUACACAGGAGCAGGACCUGGAACAGCCUGACCAAACCAAUGGCCUUCCAAAAAGAGUCACUCAGAUGAUUUUCCUGAGCCUUGUACUCUCUGCAGAGAGACGUGCCCUCAGAGUCCAUGCCUGCAGGCCCUGUACUUACACAUGGACGUGGCAUCUCUAACACCAAGCCAGCACUGCCGUAGAAUAGGCAUGCUGUAGAAUAGAGCUGAGAGUUGUCAAACUCUUACUGCUCCUGUAGAAGCGAGGCGAUGUUGAGCUGUGUUGUUGAUCAGUGUUAUUUUCUAAUUUUCUUAAUCACUAUUCAUGGAGAUGGAGAGGCCACGAUACGGACUGCUAACCUGAUCAUUAAUGCUUUAGACAGAGAACUUCAAAUGUAAUGUAACAUUAUUUUAUUAGUUUUAAUUUAAUGCUUUUUGAUUUAAUUUAACUUACAUUCACAUCAGUUCAUUAAGUGCCACUUGAUUCUGCAGCACAUGUUUCGUGUCUGUUAGUAAGCUGCUUAUUUUAAUAGUUUUAAUGCUUAUAUAUGCCAUUGCAAGAUGUUUGUGGCGUAUAAAGUAAGUAGUUGUGAAGGUUUGGUUUCGAGGCAAGGCUAAAGACUGAUCUGUUGGCUUUUACAUUACCAACCUCAGAAUAGUUGGGGUACUGUGUAAAAUGAAAAUAAGUGUAAAUAAAAACAGAAUAUAGUGUUUGGAAGAUUUCAUAGACCCAUAUAUAUAUAUAUAUAU